AUGCCAGCACCGACCCCCGAUGCUCCCAUUGCCGUCAACACCACCAAGAUCAGUAUUAACAGCUGGGAAGGCGUUAUCACCGAGAUUACGACACUCCGCGACCGACUUACUCGACCUGAAGCCAAGAUUAACCCGAGCCCUCUUGGGGCUUGUUCCAGUGAAUACGCGCUAAAUCCAAGCGCUAACUCCACUGUACAGGAGCGCUGCCCGACGGUGAUUAAUCAGGACACUGUCUCCAACACAUCCUCAGAACGACCGACCAUUCAGCUCUGGGACUCAUCCAGUACUAAAAAGCAGUCACCUCCCAUGCGUGCAACAGAUGAGUACUUGGCUAUCACGUCAGGCCCAUUCGUGGCGUGCGACAACCCAAAGGGUUUGCCCUGGGAGCCCUUGUUUUCCACUGCCCAUGGGAUCCAGCUUCCUCCUGUCGCAUUACUACUACUCGACCAUGUCAUCAUCACCUGUUGA